AAUGAAAAGCGUUCCGCACGGAGGUAUUUUUUUAAAUUUUGUUUUGCUACGCUUCGUAAUAAAAAUAUCGUUUUAUGAUUUAAAUGCAUAACAAUAAAUUCGGUUCAUAAUUUGAAGGGAUAUUUUUUAUUAUUGUUAAAUUUCACUUCUUCAACACUGCGUGUCACUCAAACGUCAUCUGAUAAAAAUUGAGGUUAGAGGAUAAAAAGUUUGGCAACUAAUUAACGCCCUUUCGUUGAAAGUUAAGCUAUAACUCGUUUUGUGACAUCAGAAUCUAAGUUGCCACAAUGUCAAGCUCUAUUGCCGACGAGAACGAGAACACGGAACGCCUAGACGGCGAGGGGGCCAAAAACGAGAAAAUGUUCACUUUGAAGAAAUGGAACGCCGUUGCAAUGUGGAGCUGGGACGUAGAAUGCGACACUUGUGCAAUUUGUCGUGUCCAAGUAAUGGAUGCUUGUUUGCGAUGUCAAGCAGAGAGCAAAAAAGAUUCAUACGGAAAACAAGAUUGUGUAGUUGUGUGGGGGGAGUGUAACCAUUCAUUUCACUAUUGUUGCAUGUCUUUAUGGGUCAAACAAAACAAUCGUUGCCCUUUAUGUCAACAAGAAUGGUCUAUUCAGAGAAUGGGCAAAUAAUGAUUUUUUGUGUACUUUUCAGGGUUUGCGCUUACAUAAAUGUGACGAAUGCUUUAAAACUUUUUUUGAACGGCACCACUUGAUCAUCCAUUUGAGGAGUCACACUGGGGAGAGGCCUUAUGUUUGCCAGUUUCCCAAUUGUGGUAAAUCUUUUACGGAAAGU